CUGUACUAUGCAAAGAAAAAAAAUGAAAAUUCAAAUAUUACUGAUAAUUUAGUAGCUAAUCAAAGCACUAAAACAAACAAUCAAAAACAAUAUCAUGAAUGUGGUAAAAAUAAGAUUGAAAAUUCAAAACGUAAAUACCCUCAAUAUAAUGCAAAACUUCCUUCACUUGCUGAAACUCAACAAGAAAAUGAACAAACUAUAAUUAAAACAAAAGAUUCUACUAAACCAUUAAUUUUUAGACCCUAUAAACCUAAUACAAGUAUAUCAGAUAAAUUUAUAAAUCCAAUUAGCAUAACCCAAAAAUUUAAACCUCAAGAUAGCGUUAAUAUAUCUGAUAUUCUUGUACCUGAUCCUUUACCAAUUAAUCCAAAUUCUAUUGAUAAUGUUCGCAAGGUUUUAGAUCAUAUCCAAAAAAUUUGUAGAAUUAGUAGUGGUAUUCGAGAAUGGAUUGUAGUAGUUUGUGACGGAAUUCCAUAUCAUUAUGUGCAAAAAUUCAAAAAUAAAUAUCCGAAAAUUAUUUUGUUGCCUGGUCCACUUCACGAAAAAAUGAAUAUGCUAAAAGCUUUCGUAGAAUUGAAUUGGUAUAAUGUCAAAUAUUAA